CGUAAAGAGCCCGCUGUUGCUGGAUCACAAUCGCAAACGGUUGUUCCACUGAAUCAACAGCAACACCAUAGCAACAAUCACAGCACUAGCAACAACACGAACAAUAACACCUCGAACAACAGCAGCAGCAACAACAACAACAGUAGCAACACUGGCAACAGCAGUAGCAGCGGCAGUAGCAACACCAAUGGCAAUGGCAACAGUGCGAAUGCUUCGAACCAUAAUUCCCAUAACUCGACUUUGGACGCGAUGGCCGCGGCUUCAUCCUUCCAGUCCCCUUUUGGCAACAACCUUGGCAACCUUUUGCAACACCAGCAGCAACAGCAGAGCCAACAGCAACACCACCUCCAGCAUCAGCAGCAGCAGCAGCAACAGUCCCUCCAGCACCACCAACAGCAACAGCUACAGCACCAUCAGCAGCAGCAACACCUUCAGCAACAAUCGGCUAUGAUGAGUAAUGCCUCGAUGAUGCAACAUCAACAGCAGCAGCAGCAACAACAACAACAGCUCAAUCAUCAUCAGCAGCAGCAGCAACAACAUCAUCAGCUUCAGCAACAGCAGCAGCAACUUCAGCAACAACAGCUCCAGCAGCAGCAGCAGCAGCAACAGCAAAGCCUCUCAGCAAGCGGGAACGGAACCAGUGGCAGUCACCUAGCAACAGCCGGUUCGAAUACCGCUCAGCAACAGCACCACCACCAUCACAGCAACCAUUCCCUCAGUGCGGCCGCCCAGAACGCGGCCAUGAUGUCGCAGCGCAAUCCAUUCGGAUUUGAUUUUAAUCAUUUCCAAAGCAACUACUAAGCGACCGCUCGCAUCGCAUCGCGUGUAUUUGUGUGUGCCCCAGCGGGCUGAUCGUUCUACACCGGAAAAGGCUGUGCUAGGAUAACGACAAAAACGGUUCCCUCCAGCGCCCCCCCCGCAGAGAGGGGGAAUACUUCCUCUUACUCCCAGGUGCAGGAUGCAUGCACGCUGGCGGAAGGACAUGCAGAAGGCGGCAACGAAGCGAAGGCGGAAUUCGCUUGGUUAAGCAGGCAGCAUAACAAUUGGCCCGUUAUUGGAAAAUGGCAAUCCGCCGGAGCGCACAUUCCACAAGCGCGCAGCACCCUUUAUACCCCUCAAGCCGCUAGCAGCCUACACUUCGUAUAUAUGUGUUUGUGUUGCACCUGCCUCAGAGGACGAAGCCCUAGCCAUGUUAGUUUUCCUUUGUACCCUGUAGCUCUGGAACACAAUACAGAGGGCUGCAAGGGCUGGAACAACACAGACGUCGAACACAGGACAGCCCGGACAACAUUGGACGUCGAUGAUGCUUCUGUCAUCCCCUGAUGGAGCGUUGAUGGCGAAUUCAAUUGAAAGGAAGUGAACGCAACAAGUACCGAGCAAAAAUGAAUCAAAAUUCUGCACCAGAAAUUGAUGUUGCAGGUGUCCUUCCAUCGGAAAAUGCCGAUAACUAGUAUUAAAUCAAACAAGAAAUGAUGAAAAGUGGGCCAACACGUGCAACACACGUUUAAAAACGUUGUGUUAGUGCACAUGUGUGUCUUGUGCGUAUCAAAAACGGGAGGAGCAAACCGGAAGAUACCGGAAGUCCCGGUUUUUCGGGUGUAAAAUCAUGUAAAUAGAACAGAAAACAGAAAAGGAAAAUGCAAAGAUACCAAACUUAUAGUGGGACAAGGCGAGAGACGCCUCGAUGUAGGAAGCAGAAAAACUCAAACAUUCGCAGGAUAGUUUUAGCUAGGAUCAAGCUCCUCCUACCUGCACCACCAUAGCUCUACUGGAACAAUGAACAAGUGAAAAUAGAAGAACAGAAAAUAGAAGAAGAACAAAAAGCAACUAGCAGCAACAGCAACAUCCCAAUUCCAGCAAAGCGCAAAAGAGUAAACAAAAUUUUGUUAGAAAAAAAAAAUUUAGGACAAAUUUACAUACGCAAGUACGGUUCCAAAGCAUAAAUUGGAAAAUAAGAACAGCAAAAAGGAAAAAAGAUAGCGAAAGCGAACCGAAAUACCAUUCUUCCGAUGAGAAGAAGAAAACAAAAAGAACCCCUCGCUGCUGUGUUAAACAACUCUGUCCAAGACAGAAGAUCGAGUAGAAUGAUGCGUUUGAGUCGAGAAUGGAGCAGCAUACUGGAAGUUGAUCAACUAGGCGAAUGUCACUACAACCGCAGCUAGCGAUAGUCAUGCAUAAACCCCCGGGGCGGGGUGCAAAGAGCAGCUGUGCUUAUUGUAGCUGCUGCACAGAAGUAGGUGUUACUUCCGUCUUCUGGGGUAAACACACGGUGGACAUGAUACAACGUAGACCAAAUAAUUAAAUUCGUAUGUAAAUAAUGCCAAACAGACACACAGCCACACGCCACACCACACGACACAUGUGGACAGAAUGGACAGAAUGGAGGAGAUAAGAUACUCUCGGUAGAGCAGAGAUAAGAGAACUCCCAGAAUAUCCCUACCCCAUUCUUAAGGUCCGAGAGAAGACUGUAAAUAGUGACGCGACUACCAGUGUCCACGCG